AUGUCCAACGCACUCCGUCAAGCAUUGCCAGCGCUGAAGCGCGCCGCCGCUCCGAGCGCCCGCACUCCGCUCGCAACUUCGUCCGUCGCAGCCCGCUCCUACGGCACCACCCCCGAUACGGCCCCCGAGCAAUACAAGAUGACCAAGUUCAGCAAGUUCAACUGGGAAGAUCCCAUGUCGCUUUUCACGUCCCAACUCUCCGAAGACGAGAUCGCCAUCUCGCAAACCGCCCACGACUUUUGUCAAGAAACCCUGCAACCCAAAGUCACCGAGAUGUAUCGCAACGAGAGCUGGGAUCCGACGAUCCUUCCCUCGCUGGGCGAGCUCGGUUUGCUCGGGUCUACGAUUGAGGGGUAUGGAUGUGCGGGGGUGAACAGCGUUUCCUACGGAUUGAUUGCGAGGGAGGUCGAGCGCGUCGAUUCGGGGUAUCGAAGUAUCAUGUCCGUCCAGUCCUCGCUGGUGAUGGGACCGAUCAAUCAAUUCGGCACGGAAGCGCAAAAGGAAAAGUACCUGCCUCGAUUGGCUAAGGGUGAGCUGGUGGGCUGUUUUGGUCUGACCGAACCGAACCACGGUUCCGACCCCUCCUCCAUGGAGACCACCGCCACCGACACGAGUGACGGCGAGAUCGUGCUCAACGGUAGCAAGACGUGGAUCUCCAACUCGCCCCACGCCGACGUGUUCGUCAUCUGGGCCAAAUGCAAGUGGGACAACAAGAUUCGCGGUUUCAUCGUUGAAAAAGGCACCAAGGGUCUCAGUGCACCUGCGAUCAAGAACAAGCUCCAACUGCGUGCUUCGGUCACCGGCUCCAUCUUCCUCGAAGACGUCCGUGUCAAGCGGGACGAAUCGCUCCUCCCUCACGCGAGACCCGGUCUGGGUUCUCCCUUCGAAUGUUUGAACUCGGCUAGGUAUGGUAUUAGCUGGGGCGCUAUGGGUGCUUUGGAAGCAUGCAUCUCCGAAGCACGCCAGUACGCUUUGGACAGAAACCAAUUCGGUCGGCCCAUCGCAGCCUUCCAACUCAUCCAGCAAAAACUCGCCGACGCAUCCACCGAAGCCGCUCUGGGUUUGAUGUGUUCCCUCCAACUCGGCCGCAUGAAGGACACCGGAGAAUGGUCCCCCGAAAUGGUAUCUCUCGCGAAGCGAAACAACUGCAACAAGGCCCUCCAACAAUCCCGCAGUCUGUUGGACAUCUUUGGUGGAAACGCCACCAGUGACGAGUACCACUGUGGAAGACACGUUCAGAAUUUGCAAACGGUCAAUACCUACGAGGGAAGUUACGGCAUUCACACGUUGAUCCUCGGAAAGGGCAUCACGGGGCUGCAGGCUUUCGCCAACUAG